AUGGUGUUCAGUUCUGCAGGAAACAAAAAGGAGCAAAAGACAGAAGCAGUAGGACGAGAAAGUAUGAUAAACAGAGGAGCAGAAUUGCACUCGAUGAUCAUCUCUCCAACAAAUGAUAAUGAGACGAGCGAGAAUAAGAGAGAUGAGUGCAAGAAAAAACAAUACAAUGAAAGAGCAAAGAAUAUGGCAACACCAGGUGUUAAGUGUUUUGGUUGUGGCACUCCGGGAGUGUACAGCAAUAAAUGCUUGAACUGCAAAAGCAAAGAAACGCCACCAAAAAUCUGCAGGAAUUGUGCUCAACUCCUCCUUACAUUAAAGAUGAAUUUGAAACAAGUACAUAAACGAGAAUGGAAGAAACAAGCAGGUAUAGAACAAGAUAAAAUGGAUGAGCGACAGGUACAAGGUGAUGGAAUAAAUACUGACACUGAAAGCGACCUGUCUUUUAUUGAACCUCCGCCGUCCAAAAAGAAACAAUCGAAGGAUAAUAAAAUCGUAACUGAAGCCCUACAAGUUUUAAAGACUGCUACAGAAAAAUUUAGCGAUAAUUCCAAGAUGUAA